GUGGGAGAGACUUGGAAAAAGUCUUCUUCGGAGCAUCGAAUUCUAUCGGGAGGACCGGCGUGUGCGAUUGAUUUUCUAUCGCUUCUUCUGCAUCCGUGACAGUUACCAGUGCGUCUCGAGUCCGGCGCGGAGCAAGCGGGCCGGAAUGCCGUGCUCGUACUAAGUCGCUCGGUUUAAACUGUCUUCUGACAGCUGACGUGGACUAGAAUACGGCAGUGUGGUGUGCUCCCUCCGGCCGAAAUGGGUUCCGGCGCAUCGAGCGUGGCGGAGCUCGGCACGAACGAAAACCUCGCUCGAUUGGCUUCGGCCGAAAGAAUAUGCUCGAACGACCCUUUCUGGAACGGACUCAUGUCCUACACGGUUCCUAUACCUCGGACGAAGCGGGACGAUGAGCUUCUGACAGCAGCGGUGCGCGGCCACCUGGAUCGAUUCGUCCAGUUCAACCCUCAGUCAAAUAACUUGUCGUCGCUGAUACAGGUAUUCCUCGGGAGAGUUCGCGAAAUCGCAGCGUUGCCAAUCUCGGAGCAGAGCCCCGCGUUCCUCUGGCAAACAGAGCGGCUCUUGUUCGUACUCCGAUGCGUCUCCAAAGCCCUCAUGGAGACACUGACGGAGGACGCCCUCCUGAAACAAUUGGUGUCCGCCGAAAAGCCAGACGAAGAACCAGAGAGGCUGCUGGACUAUUUCCUGUUCUCUUUGAUCGAGAUUUUGGUGAAGGUUCCGCUGAGCCGGCACUCGUACAGCCUUCACGUCGAAGCUCUCUGUACGCUCCUGGUUUUCAUGUCUCAACAGAUGUUCUCGACCCGAGCUUCGCACACAUCGAUCAUAUUCACUACGUUAAUGUCGGGUCAGUGUAAAUUGCUCUCAGCAAGUCUGACUAAAUACCUCGUUGAAGCCUACAUGGCCCAGAUGAAGAAUCCCCCGAACUUCUACGAUCAAAACGGAUCUCAAGGCGGCAGUCUGAUCGUCGACCUGGCCGUGGGUCUCUUCGGUGCGUUGGGCGUCUCGGUGGCUGAGCCCACACCAAGCGACCAGAGACCGGAAGCCGUCCUAUCGCAAAUCGCCUUAGUCACACUUCUGAUCCUGACGAACCAUUGCACGGACACCGGUGCCGAAUCGGUGAUGAAUCCGUUCCGUAAACAUCUGUUUGCCUUCGGUCUCGAAUCCGUUCAAGUCGAAGGAGCCGGAGUAUGCAGUUUUGUCUGCAACGGUCAACGGCUGCUCGAGGUGAUUUGCGGCGACCUGAACGAGGCACCGGCUAUGCUGCUCCUCUACAUGCUCCUACAUAACAAUCACACAUUCAAGCUCUUCAUUCUAUCGCGGAGUAACAUCGACUACAUGGUUCUCCCGAUCCUCCAAGUUCUCUACCAGGCGGAAAACCGAAGUUCCUAUCAUGUUUACAUGGCGUUGAUUGUGCUCCUGAUCCUGUCCGAGGACGACCUGUUCUCGCAGACGCUGCAAGACGUCACUCUCCACCACGUCGAUUGGUACUCGGAACGGAACGUCGGCGAUAUCAACCUGGGCUCGUUAUUUAUACUGGUCGUUAUCCGCACCAUGCACUACAAUAUGACUCGCGCUCGGGACCGAUACCUCCACACGAAUUGUCUCGCAGCGCUCGCCAACACUUCAGCCCACUUCAGUCGGAUGCAUCCGUACGCAGCCCAGCGGAUGGUCUCCCUCUGUCAGAUCCUGGGCAAGAGGUACCACAGGCUCCAGGAACAAAUCGCCUCAAUGGAGGAGGGGAGCGAGCCCCACAACGAGGUUUCGCUCGACCUGGGCGUCUGCGAGGAAAUGCUGCGUCUCAUGCUUGAGAUUAUCAACUCUUGCCUGUCGCAUCAGCUCAAACACAAUCCAAAUUUAGUGUACUGUCUUCUGUAUAAGAGCGAGGUGUUCUCACAUAUCGGCAUGCAGGAUGCGUUCAUAGAUGUCAUAAAGAAUAUAGACACGGUGAUACAAUUUUUUACCACGAAACUCGAUCAGGCCACGCAAGGACAUCAAAGAUCCGAGGCUCAAGUGACGCAGCUCAUUCAAGAGGCUUCGAUGCUGUGGAGCUCAGAUCGGCUUCGCAAAUUCCCGGAACUGAAAUUCCGCUACGUCGAAGAAACUCAGCCCGAAGAGUUCUUCGUCCCAUACAUCUGGUCCCUUGCGUUUUCCAUGGCUCCUGUCUACUGGAAAACCAAGAAUCUUAUACUUUUCAGCCCCGGCGGUGAGCAGUCCGGGGUUCUGGUCUAGUCGAUCGAAUUUAAGGAACCCCAGCAAAGUCCUCUGAGAGGAACGGAUGCCUCCAGUUGUAAGCGCGACAAUUGCUCCUUUUCGAAUGAUAUCUCAUUCUUUUAACAACUCUAGAAACGGACGCCAGCAGGACGUUUUCUCGAUAAUAAAGAUC